AUGGCGGCAAGACAGCGAUUUUUCCCCAGUAAGAAAAUCACCAGACCAUUUCGGAGUUUUUCGACUCAGGACCCUUGUAAAUACUCAUCUAGUUCUCAACAGAUCCUUUCUUCGGAUACAUUUCUGCUGGAAAAGAUUUUGUGGGCUCUUAAACGAGGUCAGUCCACCAACUUCCAAUUUUUUAAUCAGCUGAACCCAUCAACGUACGCGCAGGUUCUUUACCAAUGUCGUGAUGAUUUGCAUACUAGUCAGAAGUUUAUUGAUUUAAUUUCGUCGAAUUAUCCGAAUUUUAAGCAUUCGUCCCUGUCAUUAAGUGCCGCCCUACAUUUAUUAGUGAGGAACAGAAGAUUAUCAGAUGCGCAGGCUUUCAUUCUGAGAAUGAUUAGGAGGAGUGGGGCUUCUAGAGUUGAAAUUGUCGAUUCUUUGCUAAGUACUUACGAGAAAUGUGGGUCGAGUUUAUAUGUUUUUGAUUUGUUUAUCAGGACUUACGUGCAAGCUAGGAAGUUUCGGGAGGCUGUCGAGGCAUUUAGGGUUUUACAAUUUCGAAAUGUCAGUGUUUCUGUUAAUGCGUGCAAUAGUCUCUUAGGCGGGCUUGGUAAAAUAGGGUGGUUUGAUUUGGCACUAGAGGUGUUUGAUGAGACUGUGAGAGUUAGAGCAGAUUUGAAUUCCUACACUCUCAAUAUCAUGGUAAAUGUGUUGUGUAAGGACGGUAAGAUAGAGAAAGCAAAUGAUUUUGUAGAGGAGAUGGAGAAAAGAGGGAUCUUUGCUGAUAUCGUGACUUAUAAUACGUUGAUCAAUGCUUAUUUUCGUAAAGGGGAAAUUGAGAAAGGUUUAGAGAUGGUGAGUUUGAUGCGAGACAAGAAUUUGGAGCCAUCUCAUUUGACUUAUAACUCGAUGAUCAAUGGCUUGUGUAAAAAUGGGCACUAUGAGAGGGCAAAGGGCGUUAUACACGAAAUGACGGAAAAUGGGUUGCAAGCGGAUGUUACUACUUACAACACAUUGCUGGUCGAAUGUUGCAAGAAAAGUAAUUUGUCGGAGGUUGAGGGUGUUUUUAAUGAAAUAUUUGGUUGUGGUCUGGUCCCGGAUUUAGUUAGCUACAGCUCGGUUAUCGGGUUUUUCUCAAGAACAGGGGAUCUCGUGCGGAUGAUGUCUUAUUACGAGGACAUGAAAAAUAAAGGCCUGAUGCCCGACAAAAUCGUUUAUACAAUUUUAAUUGGUGGGUUUUGCAGGCACGGUGCCAUGUCAGAUGCUCUGAAAGUACGCAAUGAGAUGAUGAAAAUUGGGUGCCAGGUGGACGUGGUGACUUAUAACACUAUAUUAAAUGGUCUGUGCCGAGAAAAAAUGCUUGUUGAGGCGGACGCCCUUUUCAAUGAGAUGGUGGAGAGGGGCGUUUUCCCUGAUUUUUGCACUUACACGACUCUAAUAAACGGGUACUGCAAGACUGGAAAUAUGGAUAGAGCAUUGAACUUAUUCAGUUGCAUGUUUCAGCGAAACUUGAAACCUGAUGCGAUUACGUAUAAUACGCUGGUCGAUGGGUUUUGUAGGAUGGGUGAUAUGGAAAAAGCUGUCGAGCUUAAAAACAACAUGAUUACAGAAAACAUAAAUCCUAAUUACAUCACAUACGGCACGUUGAUUAAUGGAUUUUGUAAUGGUGGCUAUUUAUCAGAUGCGUUUGAAUUGUGGAACGAAAUGGUCGACAUGGGUAUGGAGCCCAACAUCAUCAUAUGCAAUUCCCUUGUGAAGGGCUACUGUAGGCAUGGGAAUCCCGGUAAAGCGCUUGAUUUUCUGAAUAAGAUGAGGGGAAGAGGGAUUUUUCCAGACUGCAUCACUUACAACACCAUGAUACACGGGUUCAUGAAAGAGGAGAAUGCUGAUGUGGCUUUUUGCUUGAUCAGUCAAAUGGAGAGAGAAGGUCUGAAGCCCGACCUAAUUACGUAUAAUGUUGUUUUGGAUCAGUUUUGUAAGCUCGGUAGAAUGCAAGAAGCUAGCAAGAUAUAUGCGAAGAUGAUUGAGAGGGGCUUCAGUCCCGGUAGGUCGACUUAUACAUCGUUGAUAAAUGGUUAUGUCUCACAGGAAAAUAUGCAGGUGGCUUUUAGGUUUCAUGAUGAGAUGCUGAGGAGGGGUUUUGUGCCUGAUGAUAAAUUUUAG